AUGUGUCAGUGGAGAUCAUUAACAUGUCAUCCGGGAACGUUCACUCUGCCGGAUAUACACGACGUUCCUGAAAUAAAAAACUUAAUAGAGAAGAAUUCAAAGGCAACUUCAUACAACUUAAUCACAGAUUAUGGGAAGUCAACAGCUGCGAUAACAACAACGACAGUGACACCUCCCACGACAAAUAUUCAUCCCAUGAGAAUAACAGUUAAAGAUGCCAUCCCUGUACAUGAGAGUGGAUCUUCUUAUCUUGAUAAUCAUCAUUAUAAUCAUCAUCAAUCAUAUCAUCAUCCACUUUCAAAUGGUGGCAUCAUUUUCGCGAUAACUCCAAACCAAGGCUCGUCGACUACAACUCAAAUGCUUACAACCGGUCAUCAGAGAAAUCUUCUUCCAGUUCCACCGCAACCAGUUCUCAUGCAAUACUUGUCACCGAAUGGAACACCACACCAUACAUCUAUUCAAUAUGUUCAACUUAUUAGACCAGUAAUGAUGAUACCAGCAAAGCCGUAUUUGCCUGCGAAACCACUGACAGAUAUAAAAACAAGCGCAAAGCCAUCGCCAACAUAUAAACCAAAACCAUUCAUACACACAUCUUAUGGUCCGUACUUAAGAUCAUCAAUUAAUGCCGCUUAUUCUUCUCCUAUUCCUGUGUUCUUUAAAAACGAUCUUCAACAAGGAACAACUCGGAGACCUUUAAUAGACUUCGGCUUGAAUCUGCAUGAAUAUUUGCCAUCGUUCGAAACUUUAUCACAACACAUCAGUUCAAUUCUAUCAUCACGAUCAAGUGCAGCAUCGCAGCUUUCUCCGCAUUCGUACAAUCCAACAAAGUUCCAAAGACCCGCUCAAAGAGCAUAA